AUGGCAGACAAACCCUACUCCAAAGCCGCGGAAACGGUCGACUUUCUCCGCCUCAAACUCCCAGAAUCCCUGGCCAAACCUCGCGUUGCCGUCGUUUGUGGAAGUGGUCUGGGUGGACUCGCCGAGACGGUCAAUCCUGGAUUGAGGGAAGUUUGGGAGUACAAGGAUGUGCCGAAUUUCCCCAUCUCGACAGUGGCGGGCCAUGCUGGUAAAUUGAUAUUCGGCACCAUGGGAUCCCAAGGGAACGAAAUUCCCGUCGUGUUGCUCGUAGGCCGUGCACAUUUCUACGAAGGUCACUCGAUGGAGGCUACGACAUUUGCCACCCGCGUGUGCAAGCUUCUCGGAGUGGAGACUAUCAUUCUGACCAACGCUGCGGGUGGAUUGAACCCGGACUACGGCGUAGGUGACAUUGUGGCGCUCAAUGACCAUCUCAACCUUGCCGGCAUGGUAGGACAGUCACCGCUACGAGGACCAAAUGAUGAUGAUUUCGGUGUGAGAUUUCCACCUCUCUCCGAUGCAUAUGAUAUUUCCCUACGCCAGCUCGCGCACAAGGCGUGGAAGGAGAUUCGGCAGCAAGACCCCAGUGGAAGAAGACUUCACGAGGGAGUGUAUGCUUUCGUGUCCGGACCCACCUACGAGACCAGGGCGGAGUGCCGGAUGCUGAGAAAUCUAGGCGCCGAUGUAGUUGGCAUGUCCACAGUGCCGGAGAUUAUCGUUGCCAGACAUGCCGGUAUGCGGGUACUGGCUUUCAGCUUGGUCACCAACAAUGCGGUGUUGGAGCCAACGACACGAGCAGACGAUCCAGCCUUGCAAGGUCUGUCGAGAGAGCAGCUCGAUCAGCACCUGAGUCGAGGCAAAGCGAACCAUGAAGAGGUCCUGGACGCCGGCAAAGCAGCAGCAUUGGACAUGCAGAGUCUGGUGCUCCGCAUCGUAUCCCAGCUGUGA